AAAAAAAAAAACACACACACACACACAAAAUCAGAGUGAUGGAGACAAGAUCUUUAUUCUACUGGGGAAUUUAAAGGGAAAGAGACUGUCAAUCCAAUCACAAAGAAAGAGGAGAAGUUCCAUCAUGCCUGUGCUUUGGAGGACUCUGCAUCUGCUUCUGCCUCUCCAACGUCCUCCUCCUUUACUGGGAUUCUUUCAAGCAAACGAAUGACGCCACAAUUUCUCAGAGAUUAUAGGUAUAAUGAGCUGGAUUGAGGAUGGAUUGAGAGGAUUUUGAUUUAGGAAAUUGACGACCAUCAAAAAGGGGAGAUUGAUUCUGUCUCGACUUGUAGUCUUGAAACGCGGCGUCAGAUGAAGAUUAAAAGUGAUAUCAUAGUUUGAUGACCCAUAUCCAUCCAUCCCCAUUCCCAAGUACAGACGGUAUAUAUACAAACCGCCUGAGGGAGAUCGAAGUUAAUCGGAGCCAAUUAUUAUUAUUAUUAUUAGUAAUAUAAGAUAAGAUUUGCUCAGGAACAUCACUUUAACCGUACCCCAAACCCAAUUAUUAUUAAAUUUCAUAGUUAAAAUUACUAUCAAUUACGUCCGCUCUCAUCAGUUCACCGCCUCACCCGAUCCAGAUCCCAAAGGCCCCAUAUAUAUUAUAUAUAUCUUUUGAACAAAUCAACACCUUACACGUCCAAACCUUCCUCAUUUCUCUCUCUGUCUUUUUUGAAACACAAACAGAGCGCGCGAGUUACGAAGAACACCUCCAAUGGCGGUCAAGUUGAUUUACUUCCUCUUUGUUAUCCUCUCUGUUUCUUCUUUGGCUGCAGCUGCAAGAAAAGGCGGUGGACACACCAGUCUCAACAGCACCCAGCUCAAAGAUGUUGCAAAUCCUUUCGAUCGCUCAAAGCCUGAUCCAAUCGUUAAGGAUGAAUCCAAAGUGAAGAAGGAGAAAAAGGAGGAAAAAAGAACCGCGCUGAAUGAUACUCCACAGAAGGCAAUUGGAGCACAACGAGGACAAGUAAAGAAUGGAACGACUGAAAGCAAGUUUACCAGUUCAAUUCCGGUUAAUACAUCAUCUAACCGGACCAAAAGGACCUCAGAAUCACCACCGGGAGUCUUUCCGGCGCCAAAUACCACAAUUCCGGUUACUCAAUCAUCAAACGAGACCAAAACAUAUUCAAAUCCGCGACCUCUCCUUCUGGCGCCGCCACCUGCAAAUACCUCAUCUCCACCUCCGGUGUCGAUCGAAGCGCCGGCAUCAUCACCAGAAAUCGCACCUGCGCCAGCGAUCGCAAGACCGGAAACCUCAUCUCCGCCGGCGGAAAACUCCUUUGCACCUACAGAACUAGGUUCCUUUGCCACUCCGCCACCAGAAAGCUCGCUUUUACCGCCGCCGGAAGAGACCGAUAAAGCACAGGAAACAUCACCGCCGCCGCCGGAAGAACCGCAGGGCGCAUCUCCACAGAGCUCGUCUUCUCCGCCGCCGGAAGAGACCGGUAAAGCACAGGAAAAAUCACCGCCGCCGCCGCCGCCGGUACAACCACAGGAAUGUACAUGUCCUCCGCCACCACCACCACCACCACCCUCAGAUGAAGAUGGCACAACACCAUCGGAGGACACACCGCCGACGGCAGGACCAUCCCCGAGGGCGGAUUCACCUCCACCACAAACAAUGUCUCAGGACCGCUAUGAAAGAUCAGAAGUGGCGUUGGAGUUUGGGCUGUAUCAAUUUGCGCUGGGUGCUACUGAAAUCUGGACUAGAGCCAAGUCUUGGGCGUACGCGGGUUAUGUUGUGCCGGGCUUAUUGAUGCCAUUCGUUUUGGGCCUACUCGCCUCGGCUUGGGCAUCUGCAACCCUAAUUACGUGGAAAGUCUUCAAGUUUCUCUGGAACCUUGGCCGUGUUAGAGGUUCAGUAGAGGUCGGCAGCGGUUUUGAGAGUCGUCUGCAGGGGCUAUUUCGAUUUUGGACGAAACUUCAUAACUCCUCCUCUGCAAAUUCCACACCCAAUCUCAUCAUCAAUAGACCAACAGAAGAAGAAUCCCUUUCCCUGGCUGCUGCAGCUUCAUUGUUGUUUGAGCAGUUGGCGGUGUUGAUUUGGGAGACUGGUAUCUGGGUUGUGAAGCAUCCAGGUUUCUUGUUGGAAAGAUUAGCACUUUUGACUUGGUUCUGUGGUGCAGAGUUCCGUGACAAUCUGAUCGACUAUUGGAUUUUGCAGUCUUGCCAUACCAUAUUUUUCCCCUUUUUGAACAUAUACUUUGCGUGGAAUGGAUAUUCAAAGGAAUUCCAACAUGAUUUCCAUCAUCAGAAGAAGAAGAAUCGACCGAGCUCGGAACAAGAUACUUACAAAAGAGCAGAGCUGGUGCUGUUCUGGGUUGAAAGGCUUGGGUUCUUCACUUUGACUUUGGGUUGGCUUUUCAUAAAAAUAGUUAUAAUGACUGUUAUAGAGAAUGUCAUAAGCGAAGAUGAUUUGUACUUGAGUAGAAGCAUAACCAUCAUUGGUGGUUUCUGGACGUGCCCCAACUUGUUAUAUUUGGUGAUGUACAUUGCGAGGAGGAGGCUGGUCGCAUUGCAACUUGGACAUGGCAACAAGAAGAACAUGGGAUUCUGGUUGCUGAACAGUUUCAAGAAGCAUCCGGGUUUUUGGUCGGAGCGACUAUCCCUGUUGAUAUUUGCCUUUGGGCUCCAUAGUUUUAUCGAUCCUCUUAGAAUUGGAAUAGGAUAUCAGGUGUUGGACUUGUGCUUUUCGAUUAUUUUUCCCCUAUUGCAUGUGUACUUUGCCUGGUUUGGUUACUCCAACGAAUUCCAACUUCACCACAUUCAUCAUGUUCUUCAGGAAUCAGCCAAAGUUGAAGAGAAAGAUGUUCAGCAUCAUCGGAAUCUGGCCCUAACUGGAAGCUGGAUGGCCGAGAAAAUACACCACCAAUGCGAUCAGGAAGAAAAUCGAAACUUGAUGGAUAAAAAGGAAGACUUGGAUCAGGAGAUGAUGUUGAAAAGCGUUGAUGAAAAACUACAUACAUUGAAUGUGAUGCUAGAGCAAUUGCAGGCUAAGGUGGUGAGAAUUGAAGAUUCUUUGCAGACUAAAAAGGUGGUAGAAAAAUACGAGGAGGAGAUCAAUGAAUUGAAAGCGAAGCUUAGUGCAGCAACUGCAUCCUCUCAGCUCUAUCGCACUCUACUUCACGAAUCUGGUUUAUGA